UUUAACUCUGUAAGUUUCAAACCUUACGUCCUUCUCACUAUAUUUGCUUAGUUCUUUACUUUCAACCCGGCUCUCCCUCUGGACCUCUGGCUUGCAGGAUGCCCCUGGACGUAUUAGACCUCUCAUCCAGAGGCUGAGUUUGCUGGAUUGCCUGGGGGAAGGGGUGUUGCUGGCAGGUGACCCCCGGGAGGGGCUGCCUGGGGCCGGCGUCUUCUCCCGGACACUCUCCCGGAUCCGGGACCAGGACUGGAGCCGCCGGCAUCCCUGUGAGCGUCGCCCCUGCCAGGAGAUGCUCCAGUAGAUCCCAACGGCGUCUCUUCCUGGUCGAGAAACGCUUGUCCCUGAGCACAAAGGAGCCAUGGGCGGCCUCCGAGGGAACCCCGUGGCCAGCCUCCUCUGCGCCCUGCUGCUGUGGAGCGGGGACGGCGGCUGCCAGGCCCAGAGGGCAGGCUGCAAGAGCGUCCACUACGAUCUCGUCUUCCUCCUGGACGCCUCCUCCAGCGUGGGCAAGGAGAGCUUCGAGAAGGUGCGGCAGUGGGUGGCCCACCUGGCGGACACCUUCGAGGUGGGCCGCGAGCGCACCCGCGUGGGCGUCGUGCGCUACAGCGACCAGCCGAGCACCGCCUUCGAGCUGGGCCGCUUCGGGGCGCGCCAGGCGGUGAGGGCGGCCGCGCGGCGGCUCGCCUUCCUCGGCGGCAACACCAACACGGGCGACGCGCUGCGCUACAUCACCGGCCGCAGCUUCUCGGCGCAGGCGGGCGGCCGGCCCGGGGACCGCGCCUUCCAGCAGGUGGCCAUCCUGCUGACCGACGGCCGCAGCCAGGACCCCGUGCUGGACGCCGCGGCGGCCGCGCGCCGGGCGGGCAUCCGCCUCUUCGCGGUGGGCGUGGGCGCGGCGCUCCGCGAGGAGCUGGAGGAGAUCGCCUCGGAGCCCAAGGCCGCCCACAUCUUCCACGUGUCCGACUUCGACGCCAUCGACAAGAUCCGCGGGCAGCUGCGGCGCCGCCUCUGUGAAAAUGUUCUGUGCCCUAGCGUCCGUGUAGAAGGAGAUCGCUUUAAGCACACCAACGGCGGAACCAAAGAAAUCACAGGUUUCGACCUGAUGGAUUUGUUCAGCGUGAAGGAAAUCUUGGGAAGGAGAGAGAAUGGAGCCCAGAGUUCCUACGUCCGGAUGGGAUCCUUCCCCGUGGUGCAAAGGACUGAGGAUGUGUUCCCCCAAGGUUUGCCUGAUGAGUACGCCUUCGUCACCACCUUCCGGUUCAGGAAAACGUCUCGGAAAGAAGACUGGUACAUCUGGCAGAUCAUCGACCAGUAUGGCAUUCCGCAGGUCUCCGUCCGGCUGGACGGCGAGAGCAAGGCGGUGGAGUACAACGCCGUGGGCGCCAUGGAGGACGCUGUCAGGGUGGUGUUCCGCGGGCCCUGGGUCAGCAGCCUCUUUGACCGGGACUGGCACAAGAUGGCACUGAGCGUCCAGGCGCGGAACGUCUCCCUGUACAUUGACUGCGCGCUGGUGCAGACGCUGCCCAUCGAGGAGCGGGAGAACAUCGACAUCCAGGGGAAGACAGUGAUCGGCAAGCGCCUCUAUGACAGCGUGCCCAUUGACUUUGACCUUCAGCGGAUCGUGAUUUACUGUGACUCGAGACACGCGGAAUUGGAGACUUGCUGUGACAUCCCCGCGGGUCCGUGCCAGGUGACGGUUGUGACAGAGCCUCCGCCCCCGCCCCCACGGCCUCCCACCUCCAGCAGUGAACAGAUUGGCUUUCUGAAGACCAUCAACUGCUCCUGCCCCGCUGGAGAAAAGGGUGAAAAGGGCUUUGAUGGCCCCAUAGGACUCCCCGGGCCAAAGGGAGACACGGGAGCCACCGGGCAGGUGGGAGCUCCUGGACCCAAGGGAGAGAAGGGCGACACGGGCAGAGGACCUUUCGUCCAAGUAGAAAAGGGUGAAAAGGGUUCCCUGGGCCUGCCCGGUCCCCCCGGGCGAGACGGCAGCAAAGGCGUGAGAGGGGAGCCGGGCGAGCCGGGAGAGCCAGGGCUACCGGGCGAGGUGGGCAUGCGGGGCCCUGGGGGACCACCUGGACUUCCCGGACCUCCCGGGCAUGUCGGAGCCGCUGGUCUCCAAGGAGAACGAGGUGACAAGGGGUCCCGAGGAGAGAAGGGGGAACGAGGCCUGGAUGGAUUCCCCGGGAAGCCAGGGGAGCCAGGACAGCCGGGAAAACCUGGCCCUCCCGGGGUGGCAGGGCCCCAAGGAGAGAAGGGUGACGUGGGACCUGCUGGGCCUUCUGGGGUACCAGGCUCCAUGGUGCAGAGAGAGGGCCUGAAGGGCGAGCAGGGAGCUCCAGGACCACGAGGCCACCAGGGGCCAUCUGGGCCCCCAGGAGCACCGGGUCUGAUGGGUCCAGAAGGCAAGAGUGGACCUCCUGGUUUGCAAGGUCUCCGAGGGAAGAAAGGCGACUCGGGCCCCCCUGGAAUCCCUGGACUGCUGGGGCCGCAGGGCCCUCCAGGACCACCUGGUGUCCCGGGCCCCCCUGGACCUGGAGGCCCCCCGGGCUUACCUGGAGAGAUCGGCUUCCCGGGAAAGCCUGGGCAUCCUGGGCAAGGGGGGUCCCCUGGAAAAGAUGGGCUGAAUGGAGCUCCAGGCCUGCCGGGACCCAAGGGAGAACCAGGAGAAAGAGGUGAAGAUGGUCUACCUGGAAAACCUGGCCUUCGGGGUGAAGUUGGGGAGCAGGGCCUGGCAGGCCGACCUGGAGAGAAGGGAGAGGCAGGUGUCCCAGGUGCCCCAGGAUUCCCAGGCGUGAGGGGAGAGAAAGGAGACCAGGGAGAAAAAGGUGACCUGGGCCUUCCAGGACUGAAAGGAGACCGGGGCGAAAAGGGUGAAGCUGGCCCAGCAGGCCCCCCUGGCUUACCUGGAACCACAUCCCUGUUCACGCCACAUCCAAGAAUGCCAGGAGAACAAGGGCUGAAAGGAGAGAAGGGCGACCCGGGCGAGCCUGGGGAACCGGGACCGCAGGGCAUUCCUGGAGAACUGGGACCUCGGGGACCCACUGGACCGCCGGGUGCCAGGGGACAAGAAGGGGGACACGGGGCGCCCGGAGCAGCUGGAAACCCCGGAGCUCCUGGACCUGUGGGUCCCCCCGGUCCCAGCGGUCCCCCAGGAAGUGUGGGCCCCCCUGGCACCAGAGGCCCCUCUGGGAAAGACGGGGAGCGUGGCGAGAAGGGAGCAGCAGGUGAAGAAGGGAGCCCAGGACCAGCAGGCCCCCGGGGUGAACCUGGUUCCCCCGGACUCCCUGGGCCUCCUGGAACAGGGAAAGAUGGAGACCCGGGACUUCGUGGACCCCCUGGAUUACCUGGACCCCUGGGACCCAAGGGGGACCGAGGGGCGCCUGGAAUCCCUGGCUCUCCCGGCAGCCAUGGCGACACCGGCAUCGGGGCUGCUGGCCCUCCCGGCCCAGCAGGACCACCAGGAGACACGGGGCCUCCGGGACCUCGAGGCUUACCUGGAUUCCCCGGCCCCCAGGGACCUGCCGGCCAGGAUGGUAUACCAGGAAACCCAGGAGAAAGAGGGCCUCCUGGCAAACCAGGCCCUUCUCUACCACUGUCUCCAGGGGACAUAAAUCUCUUGGUUAAGGACGUGUGCAACGACUGUCCUCCCGGUCCCCCAGGCCUCCCUGGGCUGCCAGGUUUUAAAGGGGACAAAGGUCUCCCGGGAAAACCAGGAAGAGAAGGCACAGAAGGGAAAAAGGGCGAUGCUGGGCCCCGAGGCCUCCCAGGGCCCCCAGGAAUCGCAGGCCCACAGGGAAGUAAAGGAGAGCGUGGCGCAGAUGGUGAGGUGGGCCAGAAAGGUGAUCAGGGUCAUCCUGGAGUUCCAGGUUUCAUGGGGCCUCCAGGAGACCCGGGGCCACCGGGAGCAGACGGAGCCGCAGGAGCUGCUGGACCGCCGGGAAUCCAGGGGUCACCGGGGAAAGAAGGUCCACCAGGACCCCAAGGCCCAUCUGGACUACCUGGAACCCCAGGAGAAGAAGGCAAAGAGGGCAGAGAUGGAAAACCAGGACCCCCAGGGGAGCCAGGCAAAGCAGGAGAGCCAGGGCUGCCGGGAGUGGAGGGCGCUCGAGGCCCACCUGGCUUCAAGGGACACACAGGCGAUGCUGGCACCCCUGGUCCCCGGGGAGAACCUGGUGCCAUGGGUCCCCCUGGCCGGGAAGGGUCACCAGGAAAAGAUGGUGAUACUGGACCCACAGGGCCACAGGGUCCCCAAGGACUGAGGGGCCUGGCGGGUAGGAAUGGAUCACCUGGCUCCCCAGGAGACCCCGGCUCUCCAGGAAACCCUGGCGAGAAAGGAAACAAAGGGGAAGGCGGCAGCCCAGGACUUCCCGGCUUCCAGGGUCCCCGUGGGCCUCCGGGAGAACCAGGAGAGACGGGGGCCCCAGGCAAGGAGGGCGCCCCUGGGAAGCCAGGAGAACCAGGGUUCAGAGGAGAAAGGGGAGACCCGGGGACCAAAGGUGACAAAGGGCCUCCUGGUGGGAAGGGCCAGCCUGGGGACCCUGGAAUCCCAGGCCACAAAGGCCACACCGGCCUGAUGGGCCCCCAAGGACUGCCAGGGGAGAGCGGACCGGCCGGGCCCCCGGGGCCUCCGGGCCAACCAGGAUUUCCAGGACUCAGGGGGGAGUCUCCGUCCAUGGACACCCUGCGGCGGCUUAUUGAAGAGGAGCUCAGCAAACAGCUGGAAACCAAACUUGCCUACCUCCUGGCCCAGAUGCCCCCAGCACACGUGAAGGCCUCUCAAGGCAGACCCGGGCCCCCCGGAGCCCCUGGAAAAGACGGGCUUCCAGGCCGGGCAGGCCCCAUGGGGGAACCUGGCCGGCCCGGGCAGGGGGGCCUAGAAGGACCCUCUGGACCAAUAGGUCCCAAAGGUGAGCGAGGAGCCAAAGGGGACCCAGGUGCGCCUGGAGUUGGCCUGCGAGGCGAGGUGGGACCCCCCGGCAUCCCAGGUCAACCUGGGGAACCCGGCUAUGCUAAAGACGGACUUCCUGGGAGCCCCGGCCCUCAGGGGGAGACGGGGCCAGCUGGGCAUCCCGGCCCCCCAGGCCCCCCUGGGCCCCCUGGCCAGUGUGACCCCUCCCAGUGUGCCUACUUCGCUAGCCUCGCUGCCCGGCCAGGGAAUGUGAAGGGCCCCUAGAAGAUUCCAGAAAGCCAGGAAACUGCAGUGGAUUCCUGAAACUUGAACUCAGAGCCCAGUGGGAAGCCAGAGGCCUUGAACCAUUUCACACGUUUUUCUUUUUCCUUUCUUUCUUUUAUCAUUUGUUUUUGUUUUAUUUUCUUGGGAGACCUCAAAAUUAUUAAAAGCAAGAGUUGCUGCCGGUCGGUCAGAUUAUAAUUAAUAUUAUUAUUAUUGUUAAUUAUUAUUAUUGUUGUGUUUCAUAUGCAAAUGCUUUGUGAGAUAUUAUUCCUCCCCUUUAAAGUUGGGAAAACUUUAUUUGUGGGGUGGGGGAUUGUUUCUUGGUUCUUCCGACAGCCCCAAUCUGAAGCGUAGCUGCCAAUUUUAAGGAAACUCUUGGUGCUAUGAAAUCCUGAGCAGAUACUUGCUAAAUUUACCUCUUUCCUCAAAAGGAAACUUUAAGGAAAUGAGCCAAUGAGUUUUAUUUUCUCAUUCGGGCCUGGAGGUGGCCCAGGGAGGAAGGACCCCCAAAUUGCCACUUCCCAGGAGGGAGAAAUGAAGCUGGAAGAGAAAGAAUUCACAGACAUGAAAAGAGUUCUCACCUCCUGAUGGAGAGUGCAUGUAAGGAGCAGGGGCUCAAUCCCUGGGGAGCUCCGUGACCACAUCUGUUUUUCAAGCUUGCCGGACGGAAACCAUGGUUCAUAGGCUGUCAUCCGCUUACUGGGGUCUUGUGUCUGGCUCAGCGAUGGGGGAAGCCACUCACAAGAAGCAACCCCUGAGUAUUCAGUUGGCUUCUAUACCCUGGAAGGACUCCUUCCAGCUCCUUAUUGUGUCAGUUUCAAUCAUGUUGAUUAUGCAGUGUGGGGGUGCACUGUGUGUGUGCCACAGGUGGUCACUUGGCCAGGGCACUGGCCAGAGCUGGGACAUGUGUGCCUGCAGAAUUCUGUCUCUGAAAUAAAUUGCAUUGGGGUGUACGUGUAUAUAUGACACGAUGGCCAGGAACAGGUGCUUCAAUAAAUCAGAGUUUCCUCUCCUCA